AAAUAUGGGCUUCAAUGCUGCUUACUACGGACGAAGGUGUCAAAUCAUUCGUUUCAAACAUAUCAGCACGGCUUUCUGAGUGGUUGGAAUUUGGGAAGCUGCAGAGGAUAGUUCUGGUGAUCAUGAGCAAGGCAACUGGUGAGGUUUUAGAGAGGUGGAAUUUUAGUAUUGAGACGUGUUGGAAAAUACGGACGGAUAAAGAGGUUGUCGAAAAAGGAGUUUCAAUGGAGAAAAGUGAUAAGGAAAUUAUGAGGAAAAUUCAAGCUAUUAUGAGCUACACAGACACAGAUGUAGCAGUUCUUACUUGGAUUGAGAGUGACCCUAAACUGAUAGCGUACCCUCAGAUGGUGAAACUGAAUUCUUUUGAUACUAAGACACAUAAGGUUGACACACUGGUUUCAUACAAGAAACAUUUCUCAACUGUUAAGAGUACCUUUGGUUCAUGA